UCUCGUUGACAUUGGCAGGAGGACAAGACACGCAGAUCUUUGAGAUAAAAUAACUUCCUUUCGGCAAUUGGAAUCAGUCACUAUGCCCUUAUCAAAGUUGCAGGGACUCAAGCUGCCUGCCUCGGCGGAUUUUCAUGGUAAGUUACCCCAGGUUGGAGGGGUAGCCAGGCAAGAGAGGUGCUUUAAUAAAUCAACAGCCCUGUGUGGAUGGAAUGGGGUAAGAAAGACAAAAGAAUAAGAGUUGCUGACUACGAGGUUGUAUGUAGUUCAUCUUCGCGAUGGCGCGAUGAUGGACCUGGUCGUGCCCACAAUCAGACAAGGCGGAGUAAACACCGUCUUUGUUAUGCCCAAUCUGGUGCCGCCAAUUACUACCGUCGAUCACGCCCUUGACUAUAAAAAGCGCCUGCAAGCCAUUGAACCGAAUGUAAACUACCUCAUGUCCCUCUAUCUCCAUGAAACCAUUACCCCCGAGACCAUCAUCGAGGCCAAGCAGCGCGGAGUUACCGGUGUAAAGAGUUAUCCCGCCGGUGUCACGACCAACUCCUCGGCUGGCGUUGUCGAUUAUCAACAAUUCUACCCCGUCUUUGCCGAAAUGGAACGCCAGGACAUGAUUCUCAACAUUCACGGUGAAUGUCCCUCCACAGGCGACGUGACUGUCAUGUCCGCCGAGGAGAGAUUCCUCCCGACAUUGUUUGAGCUCCAUGAGCGCUUCCCCAAAUUGCGGAUUAUUCUCGAGCACUGCACCACUGCAGCAGCCGUCGAAGCUGUCAAGAAAUGCGGGCCAACUGUCGCGGGAAGCAUCACUGCUCACCAUCUAUCCCUGAUCGUCGAUAACUGGGCCGGUGACCCGUUCUGCUUCUGCAAGCCUGUCGCCAAGACCCCAGCAGACCGGGACGAGCUCCUCCGCACGGCUGCAUCUGGUAACCCCAAAUUCUUCUUCGGCUCUGACAGCGCACCCCACCCAGCGGUCUCCAAGCGUGGAGGUGACAAGAUCGCAGCCGGCGUCUUCACUCAGCCGUACACCACUCAAUAUGUGCUUGAUGCGUUUGAGCAAGCUUGCGAGAACGGCAUCUUGAAAGAAGAGGAUAUCACACCCGAGAUCGUCGAAGGCUUCCUGAGCAAGCACGGCCGCGCCUUUUACGGCCUGGAGCAGGAACAAAGGCAGUUCAUCACUAUCGAGAAGAAGGGCGAAAAGGUCAUCAAUAUUCUGCAGUCGGACAAGGUGGAUGUCGUUCCGUUCAGGCGUGAUCAGGAAACCUGGUCCGUGUCCUGGGUCUGAAGUAGGUAGCCUCCUCCCCUCUUGGUUGAGCCACAUGUAGAAAACGAUUUUCUCUCCGUAGCCAAUAGAAAAAUAAAAGCGGAGUUUC